AUGCUAAUUGCAAAUUCGGAUGAUUCAUUAAAGAAUUUUGGGAUGAGAUGCUCGAAAAGACUAGCGGACGGUGAUUUUAUUUUCCACGCUCAUCAGUUUUGGACACUUCCAUACCCGUAUUAUUUGAUGCUCGAUAAGGCUCCAGAUCUCUUCAAUGACUUGUCUUUAUCGUCGUUGAUUAUCCUUAAAGGAGAUCUGCACUACAGGAAAUUGGUUGCUUUACGAGGUUUUGCACCAGCACCGCUUCUGGUUCUCCGUACACUGAAGGCAGAGACGCAAGCAGGACUGAGUUCCACAGUGAUCGAUGAGUUACGGAAGAAAUAUGGUACCAGUAAAAGUUGGAUGGUAGUUGGCGAAUAUGGCGUUGCGCAAUUUGCUGAUGUAAACUGA